UUGACAAAUUAUAAUGACACUCAGACUCAGUGAUAUAGAAGAAAUCUUCACUCCAGGUGCAUGGCGACAUCUCAAAAAACGUAUCAUUACUAAAAAUGACAUUUAGUUUAGUAUGACCUUGAGAUACCUGCGUGAAACAUAGAGAGUUAAAAGUGAUCUGUGGUUUGAGCCAGUCUUUUUUGGAUGUAAAAUUAUUUUGGAAUACAUAAAAUCAAGUAUAAUCAUUUAAUCAUUAAUCAAAUGGAAGUCAAACAAGAAAUUAGCGAUGAAAUUUCUAAAGUAGAAAUAGAGUAUAAUGAUUUGGAUGAUGCCCUUUUGGAUGGUUUUAAAUGUGAAAUUGAGGAGGAGUCCAAUAGGCAAAGUAAUACCACAGAGAAUACUAAUGACACUUAUGAUUCUGAAGACUUAAAGAAAUAUUCCAUAAAAACUGAAGUAGAACAACAUGGAAAUGAACUUAAACGAUUUGAAGAAAAUCAAAAAAUUGAAGGUUUAUAUCUCCAAGAUGAAAACAAAAUGGAAAUCAUGGAGAAACUCAUCCAAGAUUCAUCUUACAAAGGAAAUGACAUGAUUCUCCACACUGAAGAAAAAACACUAAAUAAAAAAAUGAAAGUUGUGAGUGGAAAAGGACGUUAUAAAUGUUUACAUCUCCAAGAUGAAAACAAAACGGAAAUCAUGGAGAAACUCAUCCAAGAUUCAUCUUACAAAGGAAAUGACAUGAUUCUCCACACUGAAGAAAAAACACUAAAUAAAAAAAUGAAAGUUGUGAGUGGAAAAAGACGUUAUAAAUGUGAGAUUUGUUUUAAGCAAUGUGGUCAAGCAAGUGAUUUGAGAAAACAUUUGAGAAUACACACUGGAGAGAAACCAUACAAGUGCGAAAUUUGUUUUAAGCAAUUUACUACAACAAGUGAUUUGAAAAAACACAAUAGAGUGCACACUGGAGAAAAACUUUACAAGUGUGAAAUUUGUUUAAAACGAUGUAUUACUUCAAGAGAUUUGACAAGACAUUUAAGAGUGCACACUGGGGAAAAACCAUACAAGUGCGAGAUUUGUUUUAAGCAAUUUGCUGCAAAAUGUAGUUUGAAAGCUCAUUUGAGAAUGCACACUGGAGAAAAUCCCCACAAGUGUGAAAUUUGUUUAAAACAGUGCAUUACUGCAAGUGAUUUGACAAUACAUUUGAGAGUGCACACUGGAGAAAAACCGUACAAGUGUGAGAUUUGUUUUAAACAAUAUAGUCAAGCAAGUCAUUUGAAAAUACAUUGGAGAGUGCACACUGGGGAAAAACCUGAAAAGUGUGAAAUUUGUUUUAAGCAGUUUUCUCAAAAAAAUAGUUUGAACGCUCAUUUAAGAACGCAUAGUGGAGAAAAACCUCAUAAGUGUGAAAUUUGUUUUACACAAUUUAGUCGAGCAGGUGCAUUGAAACAACAUUCACGAGUGCACAGUGGGGAAAAACCUUACAAGUGUGAGAUUUGUUUUCAACAAUUUAGUCAAGCAGCUUCUUUGACAGCACAUUUGAGAGUGCACACUGGGGAAAAACCGUACAAGUGUGAAAUUUGUUUUAAGCAGUUUUCUCGAACACAUAUGUUGAAAAAACAUUUGAGAGUGCAUACUGGGGAAAAACCUCAUAAGUGUGAAAUAUGUUUUAAGCAAUUUACUCAAGCAAAUGAUCUGAAAAUACAUUUGAGAGUGCACACUGGAGAGAAACCUUACCAGUGCGAAAUUUGUUUAAGGCAGUUUUCUCAGAAAAUUCAUUUGAGUAGACAUUUGAGAUUGCACACUGGAGAAAAUACUUAAAAGUCCCAAAUUAGUUUAGGGUCAUGUGUUCAACAAUGAACCACUCAAAAUUUAAAAUUGUCUACAUCAGCCCCCUUUUAACCUAGAAGCACGAAAUUGUAGGAGUAUAAGAAACACAUAUUAGUAAUAUAUUACACAUAAUUUGGUUAUCAAUAAAGAUUAAUGUUUUUGAGUUAA